AUCCUUCUCCCCAUUUGCAGUUGCCUCGAGUGCUAAUUAAUAACCCAAAAAUAAUACAAAAAAUACCACAAAAUCCACAAAAUCCAUAACUUAAUAAGUUUAAUCAACACACAUCAUCACACACAUCCGCAUAAAUAAUGGGCAAACUGCUGAGCCUGCUGUCACGCGAUGACUCCAAUUGUUGCGCCGCCAAAUCCUACGAUGUCUUCCUGGACUUUGAGAAUGCCGCGCCCACAGAGACGGAGCGCGAGGUGUACGAUGAGGUGGAACGUGUGCUCAAGGAGUCGGAGGUGGUGCUGGAGGAAAUACAGAUCUAUCGGGGCGCCGGCAAGGAAAUACGCGAAGCCAUAGCCGAUCCCUCGCCCGAGGUGACGGGCAAAGCCUGGUCCGCCGUACUGCCGCUGGUGACCAAGCUGAAACGCUGCUACGAGCACUCCAUGGAGCUGGACAAGAUUGUGCCGAAGCUGCUGGGCCAACUGGUCGGCGGCAAGUUGAAUCCAACGCAGCAUUUGGAGACACAGCAGGCACUGGUCAAGCAGCUGGCCGAGAUUUUAGAAUUUGUAUUGAAAUUCGAUGAGUACAAGAUGAAAACGCCCGCCAUACAGAAUGACUUCAGUUACUACAGACGCAUCGUCAGUCGCCAGCGGGUGGACUCCACGGAGAACAUGAUGGUCAGCACGGAACUUGCAAAUCGCAUGUCACUGUUCUAUGCCCAUGCCACGCCCAUGCUCAAGGUGCUGAGCGAGGCGACAUCGAAGUUUGUCAACGACAAUGCCGACGAUGUGCAAAACACAACGGAAACGCUCGGCACCAUGGCCAAGGUGUGCCUCAGAAUGCUGGAGAAUCCGAAACUGCUGCAACAGAUCGAGCGGGAAGAUACGAAAAUGCUGGUGCUGCGUGUGAUGGUCGGACUGGUCAUACUCUACGACCAUGUGCAUCCAGUUGGGGCAUUUGUGCGCGGCGCCCACGUGGAUGUAAAGGGCUGUGUGCGACUGCUGCAGGCGCAGCCAGCCAUCAAGGCGGAGCCACUGCUCAAUGCCCUGCGCUACACGACGAAGCAUCUGAAUGAGGAGAAUACGCCGAAGAACAUACGGAAUAUGCUGGCUGCAUAAUAUCGGCGGGGAGGGGGAUAGGAUAGAUGGCCAAAAGCAGAGAGUUCAUUAACGUUAAUUUGUAUUUCUAUUUGUAUUUGUAUUUGUAUUUGAUUUAAAUGGUUUUAUUUAUGUAAUUACUAGGCUUCUGUAUUAUUUGUAAAGAUUGUGUGUGGGCGAGUGUUGUGCAACCAACCACCAGGAGGCAGCCUCUAGUUUUAUUUUGUUUGUAAUAAUGUAUGCAUUUCCAGCACGUGUAUUCUGAGUUUCGUACUGCUUUAGCGCGCCUCCCGCAACGUGACGACAACGGACGGACUUUCGCGUAAAUAUCAGCAGCUGCAGCUGCAGCAACAACAACAGCAACAACAAUAUUUAGUUAAUAAUCUAGCACUAAUGUUAAGUAAUAAAGAACCGCGACCCCCAUUAACCUAAACGACAAAUUAGCGCAAAGUUUAAACCCCAAUAAAUGGUAUGAGAUAAAUCCUAAA